GCAACAUGGACUUGAUAGUGAAAAUUUUAAGUAUCAUGUGCGUAGCUGGUUUUAUAGAGGCUAGUCCUGUUCAUAUUGAACGAAUAGAAAUGUGUGACCCAAACAAAGAUUACCCCAUAAAAUGGGCGAAAAAAAUGAAAGAAGAAAAUGGAGUGCAAAUAGUAGAAGAAGGCAGUCUCACAACUUCAGUAGACAUGGACGAUAAUAUUAUGAAUAACGUGAAAAUAUUUUCGUGGGAAGAUGACAAAUGGCGAUUCCUUAUAAGCAAAGAAGACAAGUUAUGUAAGAUGAUCGAAGACUUCACAGGAGAUUUCGCCAGUGAUAUGGAAAAAGCUGCUGGUUUGACAAAGUCUUGUCCCUAUCCCAAAGGCCAUUACACAGUCAAAAACUACAUACUGGACUUCAGCAGAUUCAAAUAUAAAAAUUUCCCUGAUGGCAAAGUGAAGUUAGUGUCAGAAUACAAUGACAAGAAAACAGGUGAACAACUUGGUUGCAUUGAGGCUGAGUUCUCUUUGAAACGAACAUAAAUAUGAUAAUAAUUGUCUAUGGUGUUCCGUCAUGUUAAUUUUCGAAUUGUUGUAAAUAAAUGAAGAUUGAAAAAAUACAAGCAA